AUGGAUAAUCAUUCAUUCCGAAACCCUUCAAUUCAACUAAACGAAGAUUAUGGAUUUCAUGAUUUCAACAACGAAGGCAAUCUUGGGCAGUACAUCGAUCUCAUCAGAGGACAAAAUGCAGAGCCCAUCACUAAUUUCAACCAAACAACUUAUGAUACAGCAGCAGCAGAGCUCUUGUUCUAUGGUGGCUUGGUUGAUAAUAAUAAUCAAUUUUGUACUAGUACUUCUACUACCACUACUCCACAAGGAACAAACCUGUUUGAUUUUAAUUCUCUCAAUACUUCAGAUCCAGAAUAUAUUCUCAAUGGAUUGCCAAUGGUGGGUGAAGACGUUGGAUUCGAAAUGGAAGACGACGAAUACGACGAAGACGAUUCGUCGGUGACAACAAACAAUGGGCUGCCACAAGGAUCAACGAAAGCUGAUCGUUCCAAGACCUUAGUUUCAGAGCGAAGGCGAAGGGGUCGAAUGAAGGAGAAGCUCUAUGCUUUGCGUUCUUUGGUUCCUAAUAUUACUAAGAUGGACACAGCUUCCAUUGUAGGAGAUGCAGUAGAAUAUGUGAGAGAUUUGCAAAUGGAAGCUAGGAACUUAAAAGCAGAAAUUGCAGGGCUCAGAUCAUCGCUAAAAGGUGGAGAAGGGAGUCCACAAGAUUUGGGUGAUAAUCUAAAGAAGGCCCAAGCUGGAGAGAAGAAUCAACCAAGCUGCAAAAAGAUAGUGCAGAUGGAUGUGUUCCAAGAAGAGGAAAGAGGGUAUUACGUGAGAUUGGCAUGCAACAAUGGAGAAGGAGUGGUAGUAGCUCUUCACAAAGCACUUGAGUCCCUAACAAGAUUCGAUGUUCAAAGAUCCAACUUCGCUGUCGCUUCUGAGAGAUCAGUUAUGACAUUUAAGGUCAACGUGAAAGAAGGUGGGGAGGAGAUGAACAUGUCCACACUGAAGAUAUGGGUGACGGGGGCUCUUCUCAACCAAGGAUUUGAAUUCAAAACCCCAGUAGCUUCUUGA